UGCACGCGUGCUAAAACAAAAGAGCGGGAAACGAAAUUUCGUAAUAGGAAAUGGCGCGAAAAAGUUCUGAAUUUAAUUAUGAGACUUUGUAUUUUAAUGAGUUUUAGUAGGUGUUAUUUGAAUAAGAACUUUGUGUAAAAUGGAUGCGACAGUUUGGAUAUGUCUCGCAUAUUACAUAUUUCUGUUCGGCGGCACGACUGAUGCUAGAAAGGAACAAUGGCCCUCCGAAUAUUUUUCAAAUUCAUCAUCAAUUUACAAUAAUAAGGAUUUCGGCACGCCCAGGGAAAAAAACAGAAAUCAUAACGGAUAUCUUGGCAUUUACAGAAGAAAAAGAACCCUACCAAUGAUGAUAUCUCAUCACUUUAGCGAAACCACAGUAACACCUGGUGUUGAUGUAAAUCUUCAGUGUGUUGUUAAUUCUCCUCAUCCAGCAAGAUUUGUUUGGGAACGAGACGGCGUUGUCAUUUUAUCUAAUACUGAUUCAAGGUAUUCCAUAACACAAACAAUGACAACGGAUGGUGUGUCUACACAACUUAAUAUUUCCCACGUUAGAGUUGACGAUGGAGGUCGGUUUGCUUGUGUGGCUCAUCUUGGUGAAUCCACAGUGUUCCAUGAAGAUAGGGUCAAUGUUUACGGUCCACCUUACAUCCGGACGUUACCACCCUUCAAAGUUCAAAGCGGUCAAAGUGUCACACUCAGAUGCCCUUACUAUGGAUAUCCAAUACGAGAAAUAACUUGGGAGUACAAGGGAAAAGAAAUUAUUCCAGAAACAACUCAAACUAGAUACAAACGCUUCAUUAAUGAUACCGCUAAUAUAGAAAUUUUCGGCCGAAAACCAAAAUUAAGAAGUAAAAGAGACGCAACAGUGACGAAUGGCGUUCUUAGUGUUAAUAGAGUUUCUAAAAGCGACAAUGGACUUUUUGCGUGCAUAGUAAGAAGUCCUUCAGGUGAAAUGGCAAAACGCUCUUUUGAUCUGCAAGUAGUGGAAGCACCUCAACUGGAAGAAAUACUACUGGCCCCUGAUUUACAAGAAGGACAAAUUGUGCAAAUACAUUGCAACCUCAAAAGUGGAGAUUCUCCAGUUUAUUACUCAUGGUUAAAAGAUGGAAAAAAAAUAUCAUCACAUCUGAAGAUAAUAGAGAGGAGCUUGGAAGUAUUCAGUGUGCUUAUCAUCAAGAAUGUUUCUCUAGAACACUGCGGGACGUACACCUGUGUUGCAGCAAAUCAUGUGAAUAAAGUUAAUAGAACUGUACACUUAUAUAUCAAAGUUGCUCCGAAAUGGAGUGAAGAGCCACAGAAUACGUCACUGCUGUUAGGGAGGAGCGGCCACGUGUCAUGCAGUGCUAGUGGCUAUCCACAGCCACAAACACAUUGGCUCAAGAGAGAUGUAGUGUCAGAGACUUGGCGACCAGUUUUGGAAGUGGCUGGUGGAGGGGUUUUAAGUUUAUCGAAUGGGUCACUCAUAUUUGAUUCUGUUGCUUUAUCUGAUGCUGGAAUUUAUACGUGUCAUGUAGAAAAUGGGGUUGGGGAAGCAUUGAGCAAAACUAUUUGGAUAUCAGUAAAUAAACCGGUAACGUUUGAUAUAGUAUCCAGAAAUUUAACAGCAAAAUUAGGUCAACAUGUUACCAUCGAAUGUCAAGCAAAAGGAGACGAUCCAAUUCGGAUCAUGUGGACGAGGAAUGGGAAACCAAUUAAUCCUCUUACACAAAGAUUAAAAAUAUCGGAAGCUAAAUCAGACGAUGGUAUGACGAGUUUGCUUGAGUUGAUACAAUCAGAGACAGGCGACGCCGCUUUAUAUCAAUGUAAAGCUGGAAACCCCUUUGGAGCUGACGUUUAUACUGUUUAUCUAAGUAUACUAGAACCUCCGUCACCACCAACGGAUCUUACGGUGGACUCUGUAACAAGUCGAUCUGUUAAACUCUCAUGGAGGGACAUGACCCGUUCCUUAACGCAAUACUAUAGUGUUCAGGUCACCAAUAGUGAUAGACUAAUGUGGAGUACCGCAAGGACCAUCAAUGUAACCAGGUUAGGCGAUAAUCAGCACAGUGUGGAUAUCACUGGUCUGCAGCCUGCCACGCGGUACGCAGCUCGGACGGCGGCGGGGCGAUCAUCUGACAUUAGUGCUUAUUGUGCUCCAGUGAGAUUCACAACUUCAGAGGAAGCGCCUUCAUCUCCUCCACUAAACAUACAAGUAUCGCAAACAACGUCUCCGGGAGAAUUACGCGUCAAAUGGUUACCCCCUCCAGCUGAUACCCUGCAUGGAGUAAUCUUAGGGUACAGGGUAAAAGCUGUACCACAGGAAGAUACCGGUAUUCAAGAAACGAGUGACAAAAUUAUCAAGACUACAGCACUAUAUUCAAAACAAGAAACCGUCAUAUCUGGCCUCUUGAAAGGAGUCAGGUAUUCGGUAUCGAUUGCGGCGUUUAACAGCGCCGGGAAUGGACCCUUCUCCAUACCGCUAUUUCAAGAUACAAGAGAGGGAGCCCCCGAAGAAGGUCCAACCUCAGUCGAAUGUGGAGGUGUGACGUCAUCAGCACUUCGAGUUAGCUGGCAGCCCAUACCUGUUCACAGACAAGCCGGCUCUCUCGUUGGCUAUUCCGUGUUAUUCGCGGCUCAAGGUCGUCCAUGGCAAAACGCAACAUCUAUAGUCACGGAAAUGCGUUUACAAGGACUCCAUAAGUUUACUAACUACACCGUCAAAGUUGCGGGAUACUCUAACUAUGGAAUAGGACCCUUUUCCUUCCCCAUUGUGUGUUCUACGCUACAGGAUGUUCCGGAUGCUCCGUCCGAGAUCAAGCUUCUCGUGAGUUCAGCUAAUUCCCUGUUGGUGAGCUGGAAACCGCCGCGGCCGAAUGGAAGACUUCUGCAUUAUACCGUGUACUCUAAAUUGACGGCCAGCAAUGAUGGCCCGCAAAUCCAUCGUGUGGAUAUAGAGACAAACAUAGAUGCUUACGAACAAACUCAAAGUUUGGAACUCAAAGGUUUGGUAGAGGGCAGACAGUAUGACGUGUGGGUGAGUGCUAGUACAGCUGUCGGCGAAGGUCCGGAAAGCAGACGGGUCAGUAACGCACCAUCACAAAGAGUGGUAGCCGGUGUUUGGUCACUUGGGGGAAGAGUGUCAGUUCGUGUACACUCAGCGUUACCACUAGCAUGUCGGAGCGUAGGCUCUCCACCACCACGUACUGUGUGGUACCACAAUCAUAAUAUCAUAACACACCAUCCGCGAUUCACGCGAAAUAAAGAUGACAGCUUACUUAUUAAGAGCAUAGAUCAAUCGCUCAGUGGCAACUACACUUGUCUUGCAAAGAACCUAUAUGGAUCAGACUCGGUCGUAUACUCAGUGAGAGUCCUACCACUACCUGAUCCACCAUCUUUGAGAGCGACACCUUAUAAGGACUCAAUAGUAGUUGAAUGGGAUGAGAUAAAAAUUUCUAACGAAUCUGGUUUUGGCGUUAGCUACAAUCUUACCUGGCGUGAAGAAGAUGGUCCUUGGCAAGAAGCUUGGCCCACAACACGGUUGCCAAAUUCCCAACAGAUGCAGCUUCCAGGUGUCCAACAGCAUGCCCUGACUGGUUUGAAGUGCGGCACUAAGUACUCCAUUCGAGUUACCGCUACAGAUAGCGUUGGCACAUCCGCACCAGCUCAUGUUGAUGUUACUACUUUGGGUGGAGCACCAGUCUCACCAUUAUCGACUGACUGGCUUUGGAGCAACGCUACUCACAUUUACAUACAGCUGAGUGGUUGGGACGACGGUGGUUGUGACGUCACAAAGUGGGACGUUGACUAUCGAGGUCUCGGUACAAGUUUCUGGCACCGAGCUGAUAAUUUAGCUACUUUAGAUCCAAACCUUGGUUGGGGCUACAAUUACGCGCGAUUACCUACAUCUUACGCGCUCGGCUCCCUUACUCCUGGGACGUGGUACCAAGUCCGCGUGACUGCAUACAAUGAUGCUGGAACAGCCGCUACAGUAUACACGUACGCUACCAAGACGGAAGAUGGUGAAGAAGUUGGUCCACCAUCAGAUUACUUCGAUUUGAAUAUGCUGGUAAUAAUAUGCAGUUCAGUGCUGUUGGUGAUAUGUCUUCUUGCAUUUAUCUGUAUACUGUUGAAAAGGCAUAGACAGAAUUACUCAUCAUAUCGCCAUUCAAUGGCUGAAGAAGUUAAAUCUCGGGACGAAAGUGUCGCAUCACAUUCUGAGCACAAGGAACGCUAUGCACAUACUCCUAGGAUUUAUACCUCCCCUGUACAUCCCAGGAAGACUAGUAAGAAUGAGAUGUUUGAGAUAAGUCCUUAUGCCGAAUUCGCUCUUGGAUUCAGGACUUUUGACCACGUUGAAAACCAAGAUUUGCCUAGCAGACUUCCAUCUAGACCGAGGUUUGAUACUGAAACUAGUUUUCAAACACGCUCCGAAUCGGAUGACAGUGACAGUACCUCAAAGGCAACAGUUUCAGGGAUGCCACGACGUAACUGCAGAACACCACAUUAUAGAUGAAGUAAAGGAAGCUAACAUUUUGCUUAUUUUACGUGAUAAUGAAAAGUGGGUAUUAUUUAUUUAUAAGGCACUAUAUUUGAUUCGUGUUGGGGUUUUAAAUUAUGUACAUUUAUGAUAUCAUCUUUGGAUUUCAUUUAUAUUUAUAACUUGUGUAAUAUUUACCAAUAGUUGAUUAACUUAUAUUGCGUGAGCAUUGUUAUUUGUCAUUUAUACUGUAAUACAUUGAUCUGAUUUUACAUUAUUUAUAAAGCUGAUGUAAACUAAACAAUUUUACUGCCAAAUAUAAUUUUAUGAUAUAUUGUAUUUUAAACAAUAAGAUGCUCACACGUGGAUGAAAUCGAAAUUGUGAAAGGUCUAAAAUUUUAAUCACAUUAAAAGUCAUAUAGAAAAAUAUGUUUAUAUUUAAGAAGUUUCAGAGUUGUCUUUCGCGGUUUCUUAACCUAUAAAGGUCUGAGUAGUUAAAUGACAUAAAAAAACAUAGUAAAAUUAGUUCUUCGUAUUCUAUUAAGGUAAUAAGGAAUAUUAAAUUAAAUUUUAAAACUUUCAGAAAGACAUGAAGUUAGUAUUCCUAAAGUAGAUUAAUACUUUCGAUGAGAUUGUGUAUUUAUUCGAAGUCAUCUGUUGUGGAACGAAUUUGAAAACGAAAUGCAAAAUUCUGAUCAAUUCCGGACCCUGGUUUUGAUAAUAGAAUGAAAAUAUAAUGCUUUGUCCAUUUUUAACGUAUUAAUAAUAAACAUUAGAUGAAUUCGAAUAUAUUUAAAGAGGAUAUCACAUGAGACAUUUUCGUAUAUCAUUUAUAAAAGACUGAUUCAUAAAAUUAAGAUAGUCUUUGUGCCAAAGUGUAUUAAUAUAUUCGAUGACAUGAAUGUCUGUAUUCGGCAAAGGUUGAAAUGAAAAUGUAUCUCUUAAUUUAGUUUUUGGUGUAUUUUUAAUAUCGGAAGAAAAAAUUUUAACAUACCCCCGGACAAAGACUAGUAUGAUAUAUAUUGUACUAUGAAAGUAGAGAUGUAAGUGAAACUUUGUCGUUGUAAAUACCGAGAGCUUUUCUCAAUUUUAUUGGCUAUUAUAUUGACAAAGUUGCAUCAUCCCAUGUAUCUCAUAGACCUGUUAUUCUUAUCGUAUUUAUUAAAUAAAUGUUUAAAAUACAA